GGCUUCUCAAUUCUUUCUUAAGAUGUGUCCGCCCGCUCUGUACUGCUGUGUCCGUCUCUGCCUUGCAAUCCUUUACAUUUGUCUCCCAGCUCUGGACGUCGCAAGCUCUAGUUUCGAUUUUGAAAAACACAAACUGUUUGGGGUCUACGGUGGUGUAAUUAUUCCGAUGUGCGUCCUUCUGGGCACUGCUGGAAAGGACCAGCUUAUGCCGAGCCACGAUCGUUGGGGCUCUGCUCGUCUGUUGAUCGGCCGGUCUCCUGGACGCACGAUUGUGCGUCUUGCGAUGAGCAGCUGCUCGAAGCAUGGUGGUAGCUCGUGACGAGCAGCUACAGUGCCAAUGGUGUGUACACACGUGUGUACACGCGUGCGCUUGCAAGUGCUGCUGCGACCACGGCGGCCCACGGCGGCCAUCCGUUCAGGUCCAAGCUAAGCCUUCUUGUCCUUCGUCCAGGAUAAUAUUGGACCCCACCCUCCCAAACGUGCUCAUACAUGCAAGGUGCUUGCUCACCAACGCCCACGUGGUGGCUGACGCGUCGUACGUGGAGGUCCGAAAGGCCGGAAAUGCCAAGAAGUUCUCAGCCUCACGCUUGAAGAUUGCCCAUGAGUGCGACCUGGCGCUCUUGAGCUUGGAAGACGAUGGCUUCUGGGCCGACGUGAGUCCUUUGGACUUUGGACCGAUGCCGUCCCUGCAGGACGAGGUCUCCGUCGUGGGUUACCCCACGGGCGGCGAUGGCGUCUCGGUGACCGAGGGCGUCGUGUCCCGCAUUGAGAUCCAGACUUACGAGCAUUCUGGCGUGGAUCUCCUAGCGGUACAAAUUGAUGCUGCUGUGAACCCGGGCAACUCUGGAGGGCCUGUGCUCAACGAGGACUCCUUGCUCAUCGGGGUUGCCUUCCAGAACCAGCAGAAUUCGCAAAAUAUCGGCUAUGUGAUCCCUGUGCCCGUCAUCGAGCAUUUCUUGAAGGACACGGAUCCCCAGGACCCCAGCCGAUCUCAAGGAUUUUGCUCCUUGGGGAUCUUCUACCAGGGCCUGGAGAACGAUCAACUGCGAGAGUCCUUGGCCUUGGAACAUCGUACUGGGGUCUAUGUGCGUGGUUUGCUUCCCUUGUCGCCCGCACAAGGGCUGGUCUUCCCUGGCGAUGUGCUUCUGGAGCUUGAGAAUCGCAGCAUUUCCAACGAUGGCACCUUUUACGUCGGCUUCCAGGAACGGCUUAGCUUCGUGUACCUGAUCCAGCUGAAGUUCCCUGGGCAGAAGGUCAGCGUCAAGCUCUGGCGGCCCGGAACGGGUGAGCUGAGUCUACAGGUACCAGUCUUUCCUCUACAGCCCCUGGUGCCGAUUACGGUCCAGGAUUCUCUGCAGCCCUGGUUCCUCUACGGCGGCAUGCUCUUCGUGGUGCUCACAGUGUCCGAGUCUCCAGGCUCCAAGUGGCUGCACGAUGCGCCGGUGGAUCUGGUCAUGUUGCAAAAGGAAGGAUUGAAGAAGGACCCCGAGGAGCAGAUUGUGAUUUUAAGCAAGUGCUACCCUUCCAGACGCACCGCGGGCUACUCCCUGCUGAACGAGAGGUACGGCUGGAUCCAGCAACUCCACUCCACGGAGGAGUUCAUCCACUUCAAUCUGUCCUGUGUGGGCAGCGACAUGCGAGCGGCCGUCGCCACCGAGACCGCCGAGGAGGUGAACCAGGACGUGAUGCGGGUGUAUCGUAUCCCUGCGGAUGCCUCCCUCGAUUUGCGUGAGGGCUCAACGUGAAGGUCGACACUUGGCGUUUCAUCGCUCCAACCGCCUUCGACGCGAC